AUCUAUAUAUAUAAAAAUGGAUUUCCGUCUGUCUGUCUGUCUGUCUGUCUGUCUGUCUGUCUGUCUGUCUGACCGCUAUGCAUUCGGAAACUACUGAACCGAUCGGUGUGAAAUUUUGCAUGUGGGUAUUUUUGGGGCCGAGGAAGGUUCUUAGCUUGGUGCGGGACCUCUCCGGUCUCUGGAACGGGGGGCUCCCAUACAGAUGACUUAGCGGGGGACGUCCCUAUUGAGCUGUACGUCAAAAAACACAGUAGGCAGGCAGUACGACGUUUACCGGGACAGAUAAUGACACAACAUGACUCUAACGGACCGAGAGAAAAUGAUCGCAAUUACUUCAAUUAUGAUGGCCGUCGGACGAGUGCCAUAUGAUGAUUGGGCUGCUGCGGGAUCAUUGCCGGGAAUUCCGGAGGCUGGGGAUCAUAUGCAAGUGGGUCAAGCAAGGCAAGAGGCGUCCGGUGGCCCUGAUUCAGUUGGCUUCACACAUAGGUCUGUGUGCUAUGUUAUGCUGAUUCGGCUAUGCGAAAUGCAGAGGAUCUCAUUGGAGCUGGGGGACCUUCUGAAUGACCCGGCCAUAGUCAAGGUUGACGUUGACUCACUGAAAGAUAAUAGAUUUCUGAAGAGCGACUACAACCAGAAGGCGGAGAGCACGCUGGAUCUGUGGCACCUGGUCGAUCGAUGCGGAGAGUCGAGUCCCUACGAAAUGGCAAAACUGGCCGAGAAAAAGCUUGGCGUCAAACUAGACAAAUACUGGCGUAUCAGGAUUUCAAACUGGGAAAAUACACAGCUCUCGAAACGCCAGAUUAGAUGCGCAGCCAGCGAUGCCCAUAUGACGGUGGAGAUGUUUCGGACGUUUGCCAAAAAGGCUGUUCCGCGAUCAAUAUUUGCCAGCCAAAAACCUGGCUCACAACGACCAUCGGCAGCUGGAAUGUUUCUUCAACCAGAGGUUCCGCGACAGAUUCGUGGCAAGUGACAAUUCGAAGAGCCAGGGUAAAAAUAAGACGCUGGAUGUAUCCAUCGACGCCAAACGCACGAUAGCGACCCGUGCCAAACCGCUGUACGACAAUUAUCUCAUGUAGGCCUAGGAGGUGCUGAGCACGUGCGAUCACAAGAAAGCCAAAUGGUACAUCAAAAAAGAGCUGGCGGAAAUCGUAAUUGAUCAGUCGACUUAUACUAUCCGUCUUAAGUUCGAACCAAAGGGCACUAGGAAUAGAUAAAUGACCCAAUUUUGUUAGUCCCUUUUGGGAGCACGGUAUUUGCUUUCCUUGAAAAGACGGGCCGGGGCAGGUUCCUAGCAUGGUUUGAGACACCUUCCCCUCCGUGCGAUGACCUUAAGCACUUUUGAUAAGACGCCGUCCACAAAUUACGUAACGCUCUAGGGGGAGUAUGGGAGGUACAGUCGAGCAUUACGGACCAUACAAAAUGUUUAGGAUUUUCAUACAAAAAAUCUACUGAAAAUACUUCAAAUAGUCUACUAUCCGGAAUUUUGGUUCCCAUUAUGCCAUUUGCCCAAAUAGAUCAUUACAUAGGACCACGAAAACAUAUUUUUCUUAAGUUUUGGAAACUCAUUCCUCUAGGGAUUGCUUUUAAAAUUCCUCCACGAAUUCUUUUAGAAAUACCUCCAGGAUUUCUAUAGAGAUUCCUCCAGGGAUUCAUCCAGGCAUUCCUUCAGGAUUUAAUUCUGGGACUCCACCAGAAAUACCUUUAAGAAUUCCACCAGGAAUUACCACAGGAAUUCCAGCAGAUAUCAACUCAGGAAUUCCUGCAGAAUUUAACUCAGCAAUUCUGGAUUUCAUCCAGGCGUUUCCUCCAGGAUUGCCACCAAGAAUCUCCUCUCCUCUUCUUGG